AUGCCGGUGCGCGCAGUGCCCUCCAGGUUCAUGUACAGGGGACUCUGCUCCGUGCCAGAUAUCGUCUCGUACGGGACUCCUGUCAGCCUCCCCGAGGAUGAAGUGGAGGAGAUCCGAGAGGCAUUUAAAGUGUUUGAUCGUGAUGGAAAUGGAUUCAUCUCAAAGCAGGAGCUGGGCAUGGCCAUGAGAUCUCUGGGUUAUAUGCCCAAUGAGGUGGAGCUGGAGGUCAUCAUCAAGAGACUGGACAUGGAUGGCAAUGGCCAGGUUGGUUUUGAGGAGUUUGUAACUCUGCUGGGCCCUAAGCUGACUGCGGCUGGCAUACCUGACAAGUUUCAUGGAACAGACUUUGACUCCAUUUUCUGGAAGUGUGAUAUGCAGAAGCUGACAGUGGAUGAGCUAAAGAGACUGCUGUAUGAGACAUUCUGUGACCAUUUGACAAUGAAAGACAUUGAGAACAUCAUUAUGACUGAGGAAAGCCAUAUGAACAGCCCUGAGUGUCAAGUGAAUAUUGACACAAGCCCCAUGCAACAAGUGAAGCACACAUGUGUGCGAAAAAGCUUGAUUUGUGCCUUUGCCAUUGCAUUCGUCAUCAGCGUCAUGCUUAUCGCCGCCAAUCAGAUGCUUCGUCGAGGGAUGAAGUGA